AUAAACUUAUUAAAUAGAUUGGUUUGUGUGUGUUUGUGAAAAUGACAGCUCCUUCCCUCAACAAUAUGUAUAGGGUGGGAGAUUACGUGUACUUCGAAGUGCAUGCGGGAUACCCGUACCAGAUCAGGAAAAUAGAGGAGUUGAAUAGAGCAAGUAGUGGAUCACAGGUGGAGGUAAAAGUGCAAUGUUACUAUAGACGGAGGGACAUACCGAAUGCUUUGAUCCAUUUGGCUGACCCCUCAUUCAAUGACAAACAUCCCAACAAAACUGUCUUGGACAACUUGACUACUGAUGACAAACAUUCUCUGUUUCACAGGGAGUUGUUCCUUUCGAGGCACACUGAAAAGGUUCCGGCGCAAUAUAUACGUGGAAAAUGUACCGUAAAUCUAAUUAGCGAAGUGGAGUCGCCACAUAUCUAUAUUAACAAAGAGGAUGCAUUUUUCUAUUCGCUCGUAUACGACCCAGUCAAUAAAACGCUGUUAAAAGACCAAGGUGAAAUGAGAGUAGGAAACAGGUUCCAGGCCCAGGUGCAACCCUGGAUCGAGCAACCGAUGAAACUAGACGACGAUGGAGAGUAUGUCAAAUUGAUGUGGGAUCCCAAAAAUAGAGUUUCUGAAGAAGACUGUGCCAAAUAUCUGAUUGUUGUCAGAUCGAUUGGAACAUUUUCUCGUGCGUUGCACCACACGACUCAAGUUCGGGAAACUAGUCUGGUCAAUUCGGCAGCCGCUGCUUCUCGCGAUGUAGCAAUUGCAUAUGCGCACGAUUUACUGAACAUGUGUGAUUAUGACAUCGGGAAGUCGUGUUUAGAAUUAGUGCCUGAAAAUGGUCCGUUGCUGAUACAAGACCAAUCCGAAGAAUGGUCUGCUAGCGAAGCGGCUCUCUUCGAAGAAGCUUUGGACAAACAUGGGAAAGAGUUUGGGGAGAUCAGAAAAGAGUUUCUACCCUGGAAAACUAUGCCAUCUAUUAUAGAGUAUUAUUACAUGUGGAAAACAACUGAUAGAUAUAUGAGGCAAAAAAGAAUCAAAGCUACAGAAGCGGAGUCAAAGUUGAAGCAAGUGUACAUUCCAUCAUCAGGAACGUACAACAACCCGAAUAAGAUCCCUCUUGAUGGACCGAACGGACCGUUUGUUAACUUCCAAUGCGAGGGCUGCUCCUGCAAAGAAUCAAAUGCGUGGUUUCUUUGGGGACCCAAUAAUAUGUGCAAGUUGUGCGAAUCUUGUUGGGUGUACUGGAAGAAAUUUGGAGGACUCAAAAAACCGACUGCAUACGAAAAGAGUGCAAAUGAACAAAAUGUGCGAGAGUUUAAGUACGAGUGCAAACAGUGCAAGAGGCAGUUUUCGAGACAAGAGCGUCUUGUAAACCACAUGUCGGAGCACGGCGAGUAUCGAUGUGUAGUUGAAGGUUGCGACCGAGAGUUCAAGGUCAAGAACCAGUUGUAUAGACACUUGACCUCGACGCAUAACCUCUGUAUAACAUCUAGAACCUCAUAUGCCCAGAUAAUUAAGGUCAGGGAACCUUUCUUGAUGGUAGCGACCAAGGCUACAAAAAGAGUGCAGCAGAAAAUGACCCAACGGUUCCAGAAGAUCGCGAGGAACCCCUGCGUUGAAAUUGACAUCAGCGAUAUUUCUAGUAACUGUGAAUCGAGCUCAGAAUCAGAAGCACAUGCGGAUGAAUCAAAAACGAAAACAAAAAAGGUUUCAAUCGAAGACUUGGUUCUUAAAAUAGGAGAAGUAUACCGAGAAGCUCCGAGUGGCAGAAAACGAGGAAUUACUGACAAAAACAAUGCCGCAACUGCGCCGUAUAAGAAAAUUCAUCUUGAUGUGAAUGCGCCAUUAGUUUCUGUUAGCAGCAAGCCAUUCAAAUGGUGCGAUGUUGUUGAUGGAUAUCUCUACAUGGCAAGCCCAGAAACAAAAGAAAAGCGUGUAAAAAAGAAAUCUUCUGAUUACAAACGAGCUAGCAGAUGUCCUGCUCUUGAUGUAUCUGCAGAAAAUAAAGCAAAUUAAGUGCAGUAAAUUGUGUCUGGAAUCUAAGACGACAGCCCUUAAGACGAAAACAGGAUUUUAAGAUGACAAUUAAAUUAAUACAAACACACAAAAAAAAAUCAUUUUGAUCGGUUAAAUUUUAGGAGAGAAGGGUUCAAAAAUAGAUGUUGCCAAACAUACGUUUUGUCAUCUUGACGUUUUUACUCAUGCUUUGUCGUCUUUUUACUUGGCACCGGUGAAGCUUAGUGUGUGCCGUUACCUGAAACUAAUUUUUUUGGCUCUUUUUUAUACCCCCUCCCGUGCCACCUCACGCGAGCAUCAAUUUUAUGGUAUAACGAGUCGUUUUACAAGGUUAAUUAUGAAGACCAAAUAUGUUUCUCGUGGCCUAAUUAGCAUAGCAAUUCAAUGCGCAUGCCAAUUUGCGUAACAAUCAGGAAAUGUGCACAAAAGUUUUACUUGUAGAACUUUGCAGGUGGGGAGGGGGAAGAGAAAAAGAGUAAUUUUUUGAUCUAAUAAUUCUGUCCUUGAAAACCAAUCUCGUUUUGUGAUUUAAAAUUGUGUAUGAUCAAAAUGUGAAGAAAUGAUAAAUAUUUGACUAUUUCGGUUAUUUUUCUAUUCGAUCAGUCUGUCUGUCUACUUUAUCUAAGUAAUACAAAUACCUGUGUUUUGAAUAAUUUUUGAUCGUUGUUUAGAUUCGCAUAUUUAUCUGUUUAAUUUUACUUUGUAUGUCAAAUCAAUUAAAUUUUAUAUUAA